GUGAAGCUUACACUCCCCUUUCACAGUACACUGACAUGUACAGCAAAGUAGAUAGACCUCUGGAAACACUUUGUUCAAGAAGAAAGAUCCUCUGGUUUUCUUACAAGCUGUUAUGGAGUUAUCCUCGACUCUUUUGAUAAGGCAUUUUGUCUGAUAAUGAGUUAUUAUGUAUUACUUUAAUGCUUAUUAAAAUAGGAGAUUUUGGAUGAUAUCCUCAUCUUCACGAGUCAUUGGUGUGGUGACAGGUCAUCUCCUCCUUGGACGUCUUAAUAUUCUCAAAGAGCACUCUGGAUUCUCACUACUAAAGUUGCUGGAUGUAAAAAUGGUCUUUGGGCUUUGAAAGCUGGUUUGUAUCAGUCUGCCUGUGUGUGAAUGGAGCUGAAAGAGCCGAGAACCUGAUGUCCGAGCUGCUGCUGCUGACCUGUGCACUCUUUUCCUGGAUCUUCACCUGCCAGUCUGGACCAUGGGGACCAUGCACAGAUCUUGUACCAUUGGAUCUCCUGUCCCAAGUUCUGCCUGGGGCCGGGGGGGCUCUGAAUGGGAUACGUAUGGUCCAGUCGAGGGGCGCUCGUGGUUUCCAGUUUUCAGGCUCCCCGCAGCUUUUCAGCUUUCCUGCAUCUCAGUUCUUUAUUAACUGUAACUUCUUUCCUGCUGAAUUCUCCAUCGUCGUCACGCUGAAAAUCCCUGAAAUGGCUCCUGAGACAAGUGAAUACAUCUUCACAUUGCUGGAGGGAGAUUCCGAUAAUCUGCUGCUAGGACUGCGCCUGUCCCAGAAUAAACUUCAUUUCCUGCAGAAGAGCCAAGGUAGCAGGAAACGCAUUACUUUUAAGGACGUUUCUCUGGCUGAUAACCGCUGGCACACUGUGGUCCUGGCAGUGACCGGACACUACAUAAUUCUCACUGUUGACUGUGGCAUACCUCUUGAGCUAGUGCUUGAAAGUUCCUUUCCUGAUGAUCUUGAUACUUCCGGUUCCACAUUCUUCAUUGCUAGUGGGAAAAGACGCAAUGGCUUAUUCUCUGGGCUCAUGCGACAGCUUGUUUUGUUACCUGGUUCAGAUGCUACCUCACAGAUAUGUCCUUCAUCUAAACCCCAGCUGUCUGCACUAUCAGUUCCUCAGGCUCUUGUACAUCUGCCAAUCAAACCAUCAUCCACUGACCUCCUCCGCCAUCCUUAUGAGGCAGAGGUCCGGGUGACUGCGGGUGUGAGUCCCCCAUGUGGACUCUCUGAAGACGGGCAGCUCUGGUUUAACACGUUGCACAGAGGGCUCUUUCUCUGCGAUGGCAUGAUGUGGCUCACCAUGUUGCAAGUGAAAGAAAGGCUGGACUACGUGGAGCAUCACCAGGAUCUAUUUACCAUCUCUGAGACUUUCGACAUUGAAGUUUUCCAGAUCCCUUCAGUGGGGCUUUUUAUAGCGACCGCCAAUCGUGAUUCCAACCUCGGAUCGGGAAUUUACAAAUGGACCGAUGGGAAGUUUGAACGAUAUCAAAAUAUUAGCACCUAUGAUGCACAGGCAUUUCAAUACUUCACAGUGGGCAAAAAGAAAUUCCUGGUUGUUGCUAACUGCAGAGGUAUGAAUGCCGGGGAUCCAGAACUGUCUGUAAUUUAUAAAUGGAGUUCGAAGAAGCUGAAGUUUAUUCAUUAUCAGACGCUGAAUACAUACAGCGCUCGUGACUGGGAGGCAUUUCAAAUUCAGGAUGAAGCUUUCCUCGCUGUGGCCAAUCACAGGCAAGGGGAGAGAAAUCAUAACAUUGACAGCGUAAUCUACAAGUGGAACCCAGUGACUCAGUUUUUUGAAGUUAAUCAGACAAUCCCAACAUCGGGUGCUUACGAUUGGGAGUUUUUUACUAUUGGCCCAUAUCACUUUCUUGUGGUCGCAAACACAUUCAAUGGGAAGUCAACAGUGAUUGGUUCUACCAUCUAUAUCUGGCUGGGUGGGAUGUUUCAACCUUAUCAGUCAAUUACAACUUUUGGGGCGAUUGAUUGGGAAAUGUUUCAGAUCGAAAACAGGAUCUUUUUGGCUGUGGCGAAUAGCCAGAUGCUUACAGAAGAGGGAACGAUUCUGUACUCCAUCAACUCCACCAUCUAUGAGCUCAGCAUAACAUCACAGACAUUCAUAAAGUUUCAGGAUAUUGGAACUAACAGCGCUUUAGACUGGGAGUAUUUUACUGUUGGAGAUGACAAAUUCUUAGUAGUCGCCAAUUCAUAUGAUGGAACCUCUUACUCACUUAAUAGUGUUAUUUACAGGUGGCAGGGCUAUGAGGGCUUUGUCCCGGUACACAGACUGAACACCAACGGCUGCAGAGAUUGGGAAUUUUUUAACACGACCGACGGCUCCUACCUCAUUUUCUCAAGUGCCAGAGCUGCUCUAUCUAAAGUCCUUAAAUUAAGGACCAUCUAGUGGCACUUGAUCUGCACAUAUGGACUGUGCACAGGACAAAUCUGGUGCUAAAAAACUACAAGAGUAACACAAGCAUUCAUAAUGUUAUUAACAAUAGAAUAUAAACUGUAAAACAACUGAACACUCAAAAAAGAUUUUAUAUUUAAAUGUUAUGGGAAUUGGAGAGAAAUCAAAUCUGAUUAUCAUACGAUGGUGACACUUUAACACACAUUGUUAUUAAUAUAGCUUGAAUACAGCUAAAGGAUAAAUCCUGCUACUUACAUUGCAACUUUUAAACACUGACCUCCUGAAAGCAUUAAAAUAAUCACAUUGAGAUGUGUUCAACACAUUAUAGGUGGGAAUAUAAUCUACAGAGCUUUCCUGAAUUUACUUGCACAGAUAACUCAUAUUUUUUCUGUUGAAAUAUCAUUAUUUCCUGUAUUUGGAUAUUGUUACUCUGCACAUGAAGGCAGCUAUAUAGACUAUAAUUUUAGGAUGACUGAAAAAAUAGCUUUUAUAAAAAAAAACUUUAUUUACUGUACUGUACUGUACUGUAUAAGCUACUGAUUUACACAUUUUUCUCGCCUUUUUCCUAAAUUGAAAGUCCUAUAAAUGACAUUGAAGUACAUAUUCAGGUAUAUGCAAACUAUUAUUAUUAUUAAUUAUUAUAUUGUAUAAAUGCAUCAAAUUAAAAACAAUAAGAGACUUAUUGAUUUUUAUAUUAUCAUUAUAACUUAUUUUAGAUCUUAACUGUGUUGUUUCUGUACAAUGAUUCUCUAUGUGCACUGUGAUCCAGUUGUGUCAUUUACACAAUUCACUACUGCUUCAGCCCAAUUCAGUCACAUGGCCAUUAUGGUAAAUGAAACAUUUUUCUUUUUUUAUUUGAUCUGUAAGCUUUUGUAUUUCUUUAGGGUGUCAAGAACCGCAAACCUUAUUUUCCUUGAAUACAAAUAACAAAUAAAAAU